AUGAGCCCCUUUCAUAAUUACUCAACCAAAGUGAAUUCAACGUUGCUGCCCCAUAACCCAUCAAAUUGCGGUUGUCAAAUAUAUAAGGAAUUGCCGCAUAGGGCUGAAUUGCCCUCCUCCACUCGAAUUUGCUUCCGUGUCUACUGUCUCUGUUAUGUCCUUGUUAUCAUCACCUCUUUUCUACAUAGAACUGAACUCGAACGAAAACGACUGGACAAUUCUCAUCACAUUUCAAUUUGUUGCACUUAUACAAUGUGUCAUAUCCCCAACUCCCAGAAUAGCCCCGUGGUGAUAAACAAAGAAAGGACUCACUGUCUAAAACCUCAACGCCUAAGAAGAUGGUUCGUUUACUUCCUUCUUUUCUUCCAAAGUUUAACGCUGACAAUUUCGCCGACGGGAGCUUCUGAGCAAGAAUCUUUAAAUAAUUCCACCAUCCUUGAAAGAACUCUUCGAAGUACCAUCAACUUACGCAAAGUUGUGAAGGUUGAUUCCUACUAUUUAAAAAUUGUCGAUGGAAAUCUUAAAAAGCCUCAGCAAGAACUUUUCGCCAAUAUUCGAGAAAAUGGAAGCUUGGAACUGUCGCAUAAACCAAAUGGUGAGUUAGCCUUGGAGUAUUGGUCCUUAUUAUCCACGACAAUGCUUAAAACUAAGGCAAUUUUUAAUCAGGGACAAGCCACUGAACACGCCAGGAACGAAAUGGAAUAUUGUAAACUGGAGGGUAUAAUGAACUCAGGAUUUUUUGAGUCAAAACUUGAAUUCUGGGGGCAUUGGGUUGUCCACUUUCUUAAAGGAGGAAUAAUUCAUUAUUUCAUUGUCCAAAUGUUCCAAAGACCCAAUAUCUUGAUGUCAUGUCGAAUUCGUGCUGCACAGUUGAUCUAA